AUGGGUUCCUUCGACACUUCUCCUCGAGCAUCGAAACGUAGACGAACAGGCACCUACGCAACUAGACGGACGACAUUGAACACGCUCCCUUCCGACCCAACAGACGACUCGAAGAAGAACGCCCAGAGACCUGGAAAAGGGCCCGGGCGUAACCCGCAUGUGGUGUCGAACGUCUCCACGGAAAGGGAAGAAGAUGACGAGGGCAUUACACCCAGCGAUACGUCAGCAGAAAAUCGGCAACUAGCCCCAGAAAACAAGAAUGCAGAGGCAUGGGUGGACCGUCUACCAUCCUACAAUGAAGCGAAGACUCGAAAAAGGGGGAUUGUAACGGAAACAAACGACGGACCAAUAGAAGAAGUUUUGCAGCUGUCCGAUGCUGCUGAGGCCAACGAUGAAGAUAAGGCUGAUGAAGAGGAGCCUCCCGCGAAAGAAGAUCUAGCUGUCGGACGCCCGCCUCGAUCCAGUGGGAGGACCAGGCGACCACCACCACGAUUUUCCUCCCCACAGGCGCGCAUUGAAGUCUCGAGCUCCCGGAAGCAGUCAGCACAGAAAAGCCCCGCGAAAUCUAAGCCCGCUGCUAUCUCUUACGGGAAUGACGUUGGAGCUGAAGCUGAGUCGCCCCAGCCAAAAAGUAUACUUACGCCCUCUAGACAUGGGCGCGACAAGAAAACAGGACCUCGCAAAUCAGUGGCAUUCGACGAAGAUGAGAGACGGAUCGGGGAACAUUUUGGCUUCAAGGACAUUGACAGGUCAACCGCCAAACCAACCAGAAAAAAUAAGACCACCUCCACGUCCAAACCGUCUCCGCCUAAGAAAUCGUCCAUUGAAAAUCGAGCAGCAUCUGCACGACAAACAAGGCUAGCUGAAACAUCAAGUGGAAGCGAUGAGGACGGAGAAGCCAACGCUGAUGGUGACGAUGAUGAUGAAACGACAUUUGACGCGGCGCCUGAUGUGAGUGAGGUUCUUUCUCUGCCUACAGCCAUGGAAAUCCACCUUGGUGUGCAAACGGAAAAGUCAAUUGAACAGGAGGACAACUUGCACGUAAAGAAAAUCAAGAGCCAGAUCCUCAGACAAAUGACCAACCACACUCUCUGCCCCAUGUCGCACCUUCAGCCCCAGUACGGCGCGCUGCACUCCUUACUCACCGCAACCAUCACCGCGGGUGAAUCAAACUCCAUUCUUCUGCUCGGCUCUCGAGGCAGCGGGAAAUCACUUCUUCUCUCACACGCCAUUUCCGACUUAACCAAGUCUCACGGCGACGACUUCCACGUCGUCCGCCUUAACGGCUUUUUCCAGACUGACGACAAGCUGGCCCUCCGCGAGAUCUGGCGGCAGUUGGGUCGUGAGAUGGCCGUACCCGAAGACGAGACGGGCGAAGUCUCCAGCUACGCAGAUACCAUGGCAAGUCUGUUAAGUCUACUGUCCCACCCAGAAGAACUUGUCGAUCCCGACAGCAUGAGGCUUGACGAAGACCACGAACAACAAACGAAUAGGGCGGCGAAAAGUGUAAUCUUUAUUCUUGACGAAUUCGACCUCUUCACCACGCACCCGCGCCAAACACUGCUGUACAACCUGUUUGAUAUCGCGCAGGCCAAGAAGGCUCCCAUCGCUGUCAUCGGAUGCUCUUGUCGUAUGGACGUCGUUGAUUGUCUGGAAAAACGUGUCAAGAGCCGCUUCAGCCAUCGCUGGCUGCAUAUACCCGGUGCGAAAAGCUUGAGUGCGUUUGAAGACGCGGUCGCAAGUGUUCUAUGCGUCUCUGUGGAAGGGAAAGAGGCGCUUGGUCUGACCCAGGAGGAACUGGAAUGGAGGACUAGAUGGAACCAGACGAUCCAGACUCGACUGCUCCAUUCGUCGACGGGUCAGGACUUGCUGAAGAAGACAUUUUACAGCACCAAAUCUAUCUCGGACGUCCUUGCAGCGGUGUACAUACCAAUCGCAAUGCUUAACGUACCUCCCUCGAGCGAAGAAACCCCGGUCAGCGAUCAGCAGGCUCCGGGUAUUCCUGGUCUUGGUGUGAGCAGCGCAGCGUCGUUGUCUCCGCCAUCGCUCUUGACCUUGCUACCGCACCUGCCUACCCUGCAUCUCACCCUCCUUAUCUGCGCCGCUCGCCUUGAGACGAUCCAUAGCCUUCCGGCCCUGAAUUUCACCCUCGUACAUUCCCACUACACCGAACUUAUCACCCGGUCGAGGAUGCAGCGCUCCGUACUGUCUUCGCUGACCCGGGGCGGUGCCGUUACAGGCGCGGCUCUCAGGUCAUGGAGCAAGGACACCGUGCGUGCAGCAUGGGAGGAAUUGGUUCAGUGGGAGCUCCUCGUGCCAGUCUCGGGUUUGGGUGGUGGAGCUUCGGGUGGCAGAUUGGGUGACGAAGGUCUCGGCGGCGACGGAGUGGCAACCAGAAUGUUCCGGGUCGACGUGACACUUGACGAGGUUGCAUGGGCUGUCAAAGAGAAGUUGGGUCAUGUAGGCACUGGUGAGGUGUUGGAGAAAUGGUGUAAAGAAAUGUGA